UUUGAGGGGGAGAAUCUCCAUCCUGCACCAACUUCAAACAUUGAGUCCCCUUGUUUUUCAUCACCAGACGACUCGGUUUGCUGCUGAUUUCACCAGGCAUGUUCGUCGUCAGUCAAGCUUCGGCAAGAUCAGGGCCAGCUUCGGACUGACCGAUCCGCCUGUUUCUGCCUUUUUUUCGCGCCUCGCUGUCAUGUUAGAUCAGUCGUUGCACAGCGUCUAGUGUCCAGCCUCACAGCGAGAAGUUACCAGCCUCACAUUGGCUCCGCAGUAUUUAUUUCCGAAAGCACAUACCAUAUUUCCCCAUCUAAUAAUUCAAGCCGCUUAGUAAUUGACGGGGUACCUCGCAUUGUCGUCUCGGCGGAAGUUUCUCGUGCAUGAAAACAAUGGCUUCGCAGCAUAGCUUAUCUCCUGAUGAGACAACAGCGGCUAAAACCUCCAGGCCUCAAGACAAGCAAGAAGCCGAUUGCAAUGGCUCGAAUGAUUUAAAUGACUCAAAUGUCUCGACCGGCUUCAACGGCUCUCCGUUCGUCGUGCUCUCGUACCGUCAGGCGGCGCGUCUCGUCGCCAUAUCGGCCAUGGCUCUCGUGCUGCUGCUCGCAGCCACCUUCCAGCUCGGCCGGAUGUCGAUCAGAUUCGAUCCCGUCGCCGUUCAAAAGCCUGCUUCGGCCGCUCAAAAGCCUGCUUCGGCCUUUCAACAGCCUGCUUCGGCCGUUCAAAAGCCUGCUUCGGCCGUUCAAAAGCCUGCAUUCAUGAACAUCGCUGAUUCCAGUGCAGCAGAUUCAGGCAGCGUCGGAAAGAUCGCAGCCGUCGAUGGGUACCCCCUAGACGAGCCUCCUCCAUUAGAUGCAGUCCCGGUAAACGGCAUUGUCACAGCAACAAUUCCUCCUGACACCCCUCGCCGUCGCGUGCUGCGAUCUCGAGGUCGCCCCAGGCCGUCCAAACCCGCCAAGAAGCCCGCUCCUGCCAAGUCGCGUGCUCCUGCCAAGAAAAAACCGCAGGCAAAGGUAAAGGCAGAGGUGAAGGCAGAGGUGAAGGAGGAGAGUAAGAGCGGCGGUGAUGAGAAGGAGGUGGUGGUAGUACCUGCUGAUCAGGCUGCAGCGACUGAAGACGCUGCUAAAGCGGCGGAAGCAGCGGCUGCUGCAGCAGCUGCUGCUGCGAAUGGUGCUGGGGAAGGGGGAGGAGGUGCUAGCGCCGCUGCAGCUGGUGACUCUGGCGCUGCUGCUGCUGCUGCCGCUGCUGCUGCUACUGACUCUGCUGCUGAACCUACCCUUACUGCUGCUGCUGGUGCUGGUAAUGGCGAAAGUAAUGCGUCUGGUGCUUCGGAGGGCUCUCCUGCUGCUACGGCUGAGGCUACCCCUGCUGCUGCGUCAGACACCUCGAGCUCCACGUCAGCAGCCGCCACCUCAGCGCCAGCCGAGUCCACGUCCUCGCCGUCCGACGCAGCAGCGGCCCCUGCAAGGACAAUUGACCCCACGACCUAUUACUCUGCAGAGGGGUUGGAGAGGCUGCGAGAUCCGUGUGGGGGCAUUGGAGGCAUUGGAGGCAGCAGCGACGGUAGCAGCAGCGGCGAUCACUGGUGCUACAAUCGCUGCCACAGGCGAACGAGGUCGGGGUACUGCGUCAAAGAGCUGCUGAGGCUCUAUGACGAGGCGUACAGCCCCCUGUGGCCGACACGGGUGGACCUGCUGAUCCGCAGCUACGUGUCGGACAAUUUCUUCCUUACAGCGUUCCUCUUUGCAAGCAUAGAGCAGAUGUGGCCAGCUGGCAUUGGUGACGUCAUCCUGGUGCUGGAUGAGAAUGAUCGCCACGUGGAAGACAUUGUGCCGCCCUGGGUCAAGAUCUACUACGAGAAGAACUAUCUGGGCCUGGUGCCCAAGCUGGUGCAGCAGUGGAGCUACCUGUGGGCCGACAACUACACACGGGCGCCCUACGUGGCCAUCAUUGAUGAUGACGUCAUCUUUAACCUCAAGGUGACCCCCGGCCUCCUCUUCAACCUGACGGAUGGCAAGCCCUUCAUCAUCGGCAGCCAGAACAUGCAGGGCAAGAACUGGCGCAAGGCCAGCCGCUACUUCGUGGGCCCCAUGAACUACUUCGCCAACUUCAUGGUGCAGCUGCCCUUCGUCUUCCCGCGGGCCGUGCUGCCCAAGUUCAGGGACCACGUCGGGGCACUGCACCGGCGGAGGUUUGGCCCGAGCUUCGACGCGGCGUUCAAGUUCUGGGCGGAGCGCGGGCCGGUGGCGGACCGGUCGCAGAUAGCGCACACCACUCUUGGGAACUACAUGUGGUUCUUUGCAAACGAUUCGGCGCACUGGGCGUUUGAGUGGGAGUCGCGCACGCCCAUUCCUCGCGUGGGCGUGCACAUCCCGCACACACACGAGUUCCGCAACGCCACUGGCUCGUCCAGGGCCGCCCAACGGCUGGUGAAGACCUACGUUGACUUGACGGGAACCUACGCCCACGAGGGGCUCUGCAACGCUUUCCCCGAGGGUGAGUUGGCGCACUGCGAGGACGCCUCCCGGGCACAGAGCCAAAUUUGGAGGUAUUCGUUGAGCGGGAGUGACUGGGCGAUUUUCCAAAGCGGGACUGUGAACGGGACGGUAAUGCAUGAUGAUUAUAUGUGGGAGUUGGGGUGCAUGUAUAAGCGCGUGGUCGAGGCGAAGACUGGGGAGUGGAAGGAGGAUGUGGAGGGGAAGCGGAGGGCGUUGGUGAAGGAACUGACUCGGCACUGCAUUGUUCCGCAUUCUAACAAGUAGUGAGGAGCAAGAGGGAUGUAGUACUUGGGUUCAGUGUGGAAGUUUCCAUCACUUAAUUGGUUCUACUGGUUGUUCAGUGGCCAGGCCGGAGUUUCCCUUCAUAUUCUCUGUUGGGAACAUUGUAACAUGUUUUCUCACAUUCUAGGUAGUCCAAUGAUGGAGAUCAUAAGAUCAGUUAGUCAUGCUGCAUGCAUGGUUGAGAGCAAAUAUACAGCCAAACCAUUUACACAUUUCACGUAAAA